CUGCAAAAUAUUUUCGUUUUUUUUUAGCAUUGUUAAAAGUACUUCAUAGUUUUAUAAGUGAAUGAAACUGUUUACUUUUGUCUUUCGCCAGGAUAAGAGAAAGUUUUGAUUGAAAAAGCUAGGCUACCUUAGUUUCAUAGCAAGGGAAGGUGUAAUUCAUAUAAUGUUUUGCGUGGCUCAGUAAUGGAAUAACUCUUUCUAAGAUCUUCGUUGUGCCUCCUGCCUUUGCAUACCCCCGGUGUCUCCCUCUCCGAGGAAUUUAAUCUGCUAUAUGGCGCUUAUAUUAUUGGCUAUUAAGUUAAAGAUGAAUAAAGGGGUAAGGUUUCUAAAGAAACUGUGGUGUAGCGUCAGUGGAGUAGUGAAAUACAAAGAUUGUUUUUUUCAAAGGUUUAUAGAAAAGAUUGGCCAGCGUGGGGAAAUGAGAAGCUGGUAGUUUCGAGCACUAGCCCUCGUGAGAGCGAAUCAGAGGAUUAUGGUCGGUGAGAUGUCUACAAUUAGAGGUUUGUUUUUCCCGUUACAUGCUUUAGCACUUAUUGUACUCUUUGGAUGCAAAUUGCGACAUGGGAGUCACUGUCCGUCACCCGUCAGUGCUGCUCUAACAAUAAGGGGCAAGAUAUUAAUAUAAGGCUGACCAAGUGUGGUACGUUACUUCAAUUAUAAUAGCUGCAAAGAAUCAAGAGGGAUCAAUCAAAGUUGAUAUUACUUUGCAAUUACACAGUUUUGGUGUUGGUAUAGAUACAUGAAAACUUAUCAGGGGAUACCAAAUGGUGACUUUCCCCAAAUACUUCUUCUUUUUUGUUUUUUAUUCUGUAUCUAAAGUGCUUUUAAAGUUCUUACCAAAUUCAAUUUAAGAGGCCCUAUAAAAUAAAUCAUCUCGCCAAUUUGUUUUUCAUUUUUUCCCGGAACCUUAAUCCUUAAAAGCCGCUUGAGGUUUACGAAAUUGAAGUAUAGAUUUUUGACAACUCUUUCCUUCUCUUAGUAUUUAGUUAAAGUGAAACCGCAUGGAAGUUCACUAAAAAUUAAGGGAAAAUCUUAGAUGAAUGGAAAAGUCAUCUCGAAAUUUCUAGCCUUUUCUCGUCCGGUGGAAAUUUAGUCUAGGCAAUAUUUUCUUCUUCAAACACUAAGAUAUUUUGGAGAGAAAAAAUCAUUGCGUUCCCUUGACAUCAGCCCUGAGUUCUUGUAAAGCGUCCCCAGGUGUCUUUAGAUGUUCAGUAUAUUUUGUUUUCUAGAGCGCCUGAUGUAAAUGCCCUUUAUAUGAGGCACUGAAUAAAAAUCUAAGAUUGCGUAUUUCUUAAUCAGUAUAGACAGUGUUUCACGGGUGGAGCGCUCGUCCUUAAUCGGGCAGAAAAAAUUUGUGGAAGAAAAUGUAAAAAAAUUAAUUGCCUAGAAAACCUUUUUUUUACUAUCAGUUUCAUACGUUGAUCUCUACUUUAUUGUUUUUGCUGCUUUACAGAGUUGGAAUUAAAAAGCCUCCAUUACAACCCAUUUAGCCAAAUGUCCGGCGUGUUGUGAAGCAGAGACAACUAAAGAGUGAAUAAAGACGAAAACGGGAAGGGGAAAAUGUUUCUGUAUCCGUAUUUUCUUAGCUAUUAAGCUUAGAUUAAUUGUCAUGUCCACAAAUUUAACAUGAAAUUUUGUAGCGGCGGGAUGCUAGCGGCCAUCAGGGUGAAAAUGAGCGACGGUGAAAAAAAAAAGUGAACAAAAACACGUCCGUAAAACGUGUUACAUUUUCUCUAUAAAACUAGACGUUUCUGGAAGUAUCACGUUGAAGUCGUGUAAAACAACGGCAAAGAAAUGUACAAAAAAAGUGUGCUGCACGUGCAAAGUUUCUUUUUUGCUAAUUAGACCUAUUGUUGUUUUUUCACCGUUCUCGUUGCCUUCGCCUCUUGGCAUUACAUAGCCUGUGUAGCAACACCGCGGCAAAACGCACUGCGCAUGAGCACAUAAUUUAACAUCCGGUCAGCUUUUUAUUUCCGGUCUAGUAUAUAAACUAAUUGAGUAAGCAUAACAUUGCCGUCGCGCCAAGUUUGAAAGCAAAAAGGGAGAAACAGACAAAAAAGGGGGCGAGCAAAAUCACUUCAUUCGAUAGCUUAUAUAUUUUUCUAGUGUCAAACGUUUGCACCACAUGGUUAUCUGUUUGCACCAACGGUGAAAAUGAUGUUUGAAGUUUGCAGGUCGAGAGCGCUCGACAAGACGAAGUUGUUUUUACUGGCUUUCUUGCAUGCUACUGGUUUGGCAUAAGUUAAUUUGGGAGAAGGCGAUAACUAAGAAAAGAAUAGCAAUACUUAUGAAAAAGCCGUCAUAAUUAUCAUUAACACGAGAACCAGGAAAUAAAAUUUUAGUCUGUUGAACAAUUUUUUUAUUAUCAGACAAAACAAGAACUCAAAACAAAAGAUGUGCGGGAUUUAAUAACAACCUCGACUUUGAUGACUGCAGUCACGGACACCCGGAGCUUUCAGUACCGGGAAACUAAGCAUGUCUAUAAAUGACUUUCAUUCAAGAAAAUGCCUAUUUAAUUCUUUUACAUGUUUGUUCUUUGGUUGAAGACUUCAGUAAUUUCAGACUAUGCGGCUUGGCUGCAUCUCAUGCAAACACGAAACUUCCAGCUGCUAAAUACAUGGCAUGAAAAAUUCGACUUCUAAAAGCCCGGCCAUCGUACCAGCUUUCGCUCUCUGAUUCUGAGAAUUAAAAAAAAUACAUAGAGUGGUCAACUUACUGCCAACCUCAACAGUAUAAUUAAGCUUAUGUUUCAUGGCACUCAACUCAGAAGAGUUUCGUUUCAAAACACGGUAAAACUCACUGAUAAAUAAAACCAAAAAUCGAUUGUGUGUUGUCGUUUUCCAAAUAAAGCUCAAAUCGGCUUUAAGACAUAAAGACUGAGAAACUGAAGAACUGAAAAUUAGAACUACAAUAAACAAGCUGUUAAUUCUUUGUUCCAGGCUGAUGCGUUUCGGCUUAAGUAGUGAGAAAAACACCCUGAAGACGUUUUCAAGAAAGAUUCCUAAAAGUAUUCAGGAAACGCUCUAACUACUACAGUGACGACUAAAAAUUUGCCUCUAACUAGUGAAUGAUCAACUCUAGCAGGUGCAAUCUUCACACUAAACACUAGCUAAAUGAAAUAUUUGGCACUAAAACCAAAUCCCCUAUAUGGAAAAUUCACCAAAUUUUCUUCGGAAAAUCCAACGCCUUCUUCUAAGUAUCGGAGGUGUGGGUAUUUUUGGAAAAUACCAAACUAUAAAUAGUGUACUUAAAACUGCCCCGCUGUUUUUAAAUCCUUUUUAAUUAGUAAUUUUGGAUAAGAACCGACUUCAUUUUUUCAGGCUGAAUUGGUUCUAGAGGUUUCUUUCCGAUAAAGCAGAAAAUAUUCUUGUAUUAUUUAAAUUAAAGCUUAGGACAAUUGUACGGUCCAUAAGUAUUACGUGUACUUUUCAUGGAACUGUUAUUAGCAUUGAACAUUUGGCUUUACUCAGUGCUGUUUUUUUUCGUUUUGUUGGCUAGUUUUGCCGUUUAGUUAAAGGAACGUUUUAUCGAGUUAACUAUUAAAAAAGUUAAAAACACAUAUUAAUUGCAUUUUAUUAACAGAUUUUCAACACAAUUAUCAUUUUCAAAUCUCAGCCCUGGGUUUAUUCUUAAAAUUUCGAAAAUUCAGCCUCGAUAUUCUUAUAAAAUAUAUAAUCUUAUAGAAAAAAAAGUGUCAUUAUAUCAUUAACGGAUUCAGAAGAGCGUCAACUCCGACUUAUUGGAGCAGGUGUUCCAACUCCCUGGAGUCAGGUUACAGGAAACGUGCGAGGAAGUUAACCUUCCUUCAGAGCAGUGGAAUAAAGUCGACACCCGCACGAAAUUCACUGUUUUUUUUUUAUGCGGGUGUCUACUUAGUUUCUAGUGUGGAGUAUAUUCAGCCCGCGCCGGAAAUACAGCAUUCUUAAGACUCCACAAUACCGCAAAAGCCUCAGCAACUGAUUACUCACUCCCAUAGCAUAAGAAGCCCACAGACUAAGAAAAUAUCGCUUUGCUGUAAUUCAAGGUUACCGAAUAUGGUACUGUAACUAUAUCACAUAGCAAGUCAGUGCCCGAAAUACGCUACCGUCCACCUUAGAAAAGCGGAGAAUUAGUUCCUUCAAGACUUCUACAGAGUCCACGAAAUUCUCUUGAUAUACGUAAGUGUGAAGUAUUAUUGCAACGUUACAUCAUUCUGCUUAAUUUAUGUAAUUGUGGUCGCAGAAAUUAAGACUCAUCGUCAGACCAUGCGGCCUAAAAUAAAGAACUGUUUCUAUCAAGGAGCUAAUUAACUAACGUACUAAUCAGGCGUUCAACCGACAAAGCAUCUUUUCAUUCUGCAGUACUAGUUAUAAUGACAGAAGUAAUACGAUCUUGGUGGUUUUGUCUGAUUAGUUAAAUUUACUCCAAGCUAGGAAACACUGAGAGCUGCUUUCACUGAAACCAAAAUCAACAAAAUUCAUGAGUGCAGAGCAAAGAAGAAAAGAUAUGAAACUCUUAUCGGCAUUUCUUUUCGUGUCUUGCAUUUACGUUUUAAACGCACACGGGAUCGGGGAAAAGUUUAUAGAGCUACGAUUUGUUUUUCACGAUUCUCUCUACCUCAAAAUAACACCACUGGAAACUCUUCUUGUCGACGACAAGUUCGACUGUAGCUUUGCUUGUGUUCAUAACAAACUCUGUAUUUCCUUCAGCUUGGCAGAGACGUCAGCAGAAAAACUUUGGUGCGAGCUUCUUCCAUCUAGCAUCUAUAGAAACACUGGGGAAAUCGUUUUAAAUUUUAAAUUUGACCAUUACAGCAUACAGGUUAGUAGCAAACCUACGAUUACUUGAUGUAACCUAAUAUAUAUUUGCGCAUUUUUUACAACUUACGGUGAACACAGACAAGAAUGAAGCAAAGUUUUCUCUCUUGAAGUGAAGAUAUAAAAGAGCAAAACAAUUAAAGCGUUGAAAGCGGGUGUUAUUUUUAUUUUUUUAUUUUUACUGCAUUCUUCGAUUCAGUCACUUAACAUUUGUGUUUUUAGGUUUAUGUCUGGUUGUUCGAUUUCUAUAUAUUUUUUUGUUUCUUUCAAAUGUUAACCGGCAUUUUUUUGUAAUCCCGAAGAGCUUUCUAAAUACUAUUAGUAACUGACUGUUUUACUUAUUACUUCCACCAAAGAUGCAUUUGACUGGUAGAACAAACUAUACCAAGAAAUGACGCUUGAGAACUUCGAAAAAAGCUACUAACAGUCAAGGUUGUUGGUUGUAUUAAAAGGCCCUCGGAUUAAAGUGGUAGCAUUGAUAAUGAGGAAGUGCAGAACGUUUGUUUCCAUUAUAAUCACAAUCAUUGUGUUUUAAUGUAAUGAUUUUUUUCCUGCAGAAUCCUUGUACUAAUGUUCCUUGUAUGAACAAUGGGAUGUGCUCCCUGAUUUCGUUCAGAGAGGGAACGUAUAGUUGCACUUGUCUUCCUGGAUAUUUUGACGAUGAGUGUGGAAUCUGUAAGUUAACGUAGAAUUACUUCAAGUUAACAAAAGCACCUUUUCGAGAUAUGAACAAGCUAUUAAGAUUUAGUAAAAUCCAACUAGUGGUCUAUUAUCAAUGCUGCGUUCUGAUUGGUUGAGCUACUACUAGGCAUAUAUAUGUUACAGCCCACUUUAUCUCCUGGCGAAAAGCGCGAGCUUUUCGGCGGCAAAAAGGGAUUAAAGUCUAGCUGUAACUAGCUAACGGUUUUUUAUUCUCGAUAUUUUUGACCAACUAGUUGGAUUUUACUAAGACAAUUAUUCCUCUCGCCCUCAUGGCCUCUGAGUCAAUAGCCCUUUCGGCCUUCGGCCUCAUGGGCUAUUGACUCAGAGCCCAUUCGGGUUCGAGGAAUAAUUGUUAAAUAUUUACAACAACAACAACUAACAACCAGCUCAAAUUGUUAGAUACCCAAGCUUCUAGUUAGAGCUGUUCACCUCGGCUUUGUGUUGUAUGUGAAUACAAAAUAGCGGAACUCUUUUGCCUUUUUGUUAAUUCAGAUGCACCAGAGUGCCGGGACUAUAACGUCCUCAGUCAACCCAAUCGACACCAGUCUUUUGGCCGAGGCACUAACUCAGACAGCAAUCUUGUCCCUGGCUGGUAUCGCUUCCAAUCAAGUUCAUACUCAAGAAUGGUAGACAAUUGUAUUCAGGUCCACAGAUGCACUACAGAUAUAACUGGGUGGCUAAAAGGUGGCCACCCUACAUUUAAAGAUGGCAUCGUGGACAGGGAAGCUCUGCUUCCACGGAUGGCAAAACUGUUGUUAUAGGAUAGUUCAAAUACGCGUGAGGGAGUGUCAAGGGUUUUAUGUGUAUAAGUUAAACCCGUCACCUGAAGGCAGGUAUCGCUACUGUGCAAGAGGAUGAACGGUAUCAGGUCCUUUAAUAUGACUUGAGGAACUCUGGAUCGUAGAAAAGGGAUAUAAUGUCGAGGACGUUACGCGUGCGAAAACUACGCAUGUCGUUAAUAAUGCUACAGCAAUAAGGAAAUGAUUUAUCUUGACCUAGCUGAGGCCCUCAAUCCAGUUUCAACCUUAUCUCUCUCUCUCUCUUUUUUGUGCAAAAGAAUAUAGAUUAGAAGGAAUUAUUCUAGAUAUGUACUAGAUAUUUUUACAACCAGCUAUACACUAAGGUCAUCUUCAGAGACCCAGGGGCUGUUAGUCAGGUCGGGAGAAGCGGCGCGAAGAUAGUUUUCAAGCCGUGCUUGGUUACCAUCCUUAUACCGUUGUAUUGCUUCCUAUCUGCUGUUGGCAUGAUAUUUAUCAUUUAUUUUUUAUCUUUCCGGCUGGUACCGCUUCCAGUCAAGUUCAUACUCAAGAAGGCUAGACAAUUGUAUCCCGGUUCGCAAAUGCAACUCUGAUCUGACUGGGUGGCUGAAUGGCGAACAUCCCACCUUUGUAGAUAGUAUCGUGGGGAGGGAAGUUUGUUUCCACGGAUUAUUAAACUGUUGUUACUGGACAGUUCAGAUACGCGUUAGAGAGUGUCAGGGUUACUAUGUGUAUGAGUUAAACCUGUCACCGACAGAAAGGUUCAGCCGCCAUUGUGCAAGCGCGUGAACGUUACGUUACCGGGCGCUUUAAGCAUACGUCAAGAUUCGAUUAACAGGCAGCAGCACGCGUUAAUAAAAAAAAAACUGCUUCAUGAACUGAUGUCAUUGGAAAUAAAAGCCGAAAAGGGCAACGAGUUAUUUUCUUGCCCAAGAGCUCAAUUCAGUACGCCCGCAUAUGCGUUGAAAUACUAUCCCGUGGGUUACUCCACUCAGUCUGUCCCGAUAUUAGAUAGUUGUAAUCAUGUAACAAAGUAAGGUGCGCUACUUGGGGAACCCUAAGUCGUAUGUAUAAACAAUACAAAAGAGACUGAUUUUUGUCUAAGACACUGCUAACAAACAGCAUGCGCUGGUAAAAGACCGUGUCAAGCAGCUGUCAUUGUAAAUACAACAAAAAUGGACAACGAGUUAUUUAACCCGCAUAUGCGUUGUGUGGCACUAAGAGAGGGGUGGCUAAGUCUGUCGCCCUUAACCUUAACAAUACAAGAUAAACAUACUGACGUUCAACUAGAAUCUUAAUCAAAAUGGUUGUAUAACUGGAUCAGUACUAACACACCUACAAUCUUGAAAAAAAUGUUGAGAAAAAUGGACGAUACUACGUCUAGUUUCAAGAUAAAGCUUGAAAGCACUGGCAAUUACAAAUACUCAACCCUUCCCCCCCCCACCCCCCCCACAAAAAAAAAAACAUUGUUGAAGCCCGGCUGGAUCAUUUCUGAUCCCGAAUAAACAAAUUUGACCAGGGUGGGGCGGGGGGAGGGGCCAUAGUGGUACCAAUACACGGCAUUCAUGUAAAACAGGCUUUAAUUUAGUUUACUUUUCCUUAAUAGUUAGCAAUAUUUUAAAUUAUAGAAUAUUAAUCUGUAUACAUAGUUUCGCAUUUAAGUUGUAGCUUUAUAUUAAAUUGUUAAUGCCUGAUGUAUUUACCGUGUUUUUAAAUAAAGAUGAUGAUGAUGAUGAUGACCCCGUUGGGCGGCACAUACACGUAUAGCUAAUGUAUGGGAGUACCCACCCCCCCACCUCCCCCCGGGUAGCUAGCAGUAGAAAAUCUAGCAGAACUCAAUUAGACAUUCAAUUUUGGUCCAUAGUUUUAUCAUCACUUGCCUUUUUUUAAUUCAGAUGCACCACAGUGCCGAGACUAUACGGUUCUUACUGAACCUAAUCGACAGCAGUCCUUUGGCUAUGGUAGUAACUCAGACAACAGACUCGUCCCCGGCUCGUACCGCUUCCAGUCAAGUUCAUAUUCAAGAAUGGUAGACAAUUGUAUCCCCGUUCGCAAAUGCAGCUCUGAUCUGACUGGGUGGCUGAAUGGCGAACAUCCCACCUUUGAAGAUAGUAUCGUGAGGAGGGAAGUUUGUUUCCACGGAUUAUUAAACUGUUGUUAUAGGACAGUUCAGAUACGCGUUAGAGAGUGUCAGCGUUACUAUGUCUAUGAGUUAAACCCGUCACCUACCGAAAGGUUCAGCCGCUAUUGUGCAAGCGCGCGAACGUUCUCGGGCGCUUUAAGCAUACUUCAAGAUUCGAUUAACGGACAG